UUAAAUGUCACGAGAUUUGUUGUAACUUACAAUAUUGUUUUGCUGACAUUACCUCAACCAAAGAACGAACUUGACAACUUGUUUCAAUCAUAAUCCAUUGCAAAAACGUGUUCAACUGCUGAUAUUGGGGUAAAAGGAUCAUGCUUGGCAACGGGGUUGUUGGGAUAUUGGCAGAAUCUGUGAAUAAAUGGGAAAGAAGGGCACCUUUGACACCAUCACACUGUGCUCGAUUACUUCAUGGUGGAACAGGUGUUUCUAGAAUCAUUGUGCAGCCUUCCACUAAGAGAAUUCAUCAUGAUGCUCUCUAUGAAGAAGUUGGCGCUGAAAUAUCACAAGACCUGUCACAAUGUGGUCUCAUCCUUGGCAUUAAGCAACCAAAGCUGGAAAUGAUAUUGCCAGAUAGAGCUUAUGCUUUCUUCUCCCAUACCCAUAAAGCACAGAAAGAGAACAUGCCUUUGCUCGAUAAGAUUCUAGCCGAGAGGGCAUCGUUAUUUGACUAUGAGUUAAUUGUUGGGGACAACGGGAAAAGGUUACUUGCAUUUGGAAAAUUUGCUGGUAGAGUUGGAAUGAUUGACUUCUUGCGUGGAUUAGGACAGCGCUUUCUAAGUCUUGGAUACUCAACACCUUUCUUGUCACUGGGAUCAUCUUACAUGUACCCUUCCCUGGCUGCUGCUAAGGCUGCUGUGAUUUCUGUUGGUGAAGAAAUUGCUACACAGGGAUUGCCAUUGGGGAUUUGUCCCCUGGUUUUUGUAUUUACUGGUUCAGGAAAUGUUUGUUCUGGUGCAAAAGAGAUAUUUAGGCUCCUUCCUCAUACAUUCGUAGAUCCAUCAAGACUAAGUGACCUCCACAGAACGGACACAAAUCAACCAAGGCACGCUUCAAAAAGAGCUUUCCAAGUUUAUGGUUGUGUGGUGACUGCCCAAGACAUGGUUGAACCCAAAGAUCCCACGAAAGUGUUUGAUAAAGCAGACUACUAUGCACAUCCUGAGCAUUACAAUCCCACUUUCCAUGAAAAAGUAGCACCAUAUGCAUCUGUUAUUGUCAAUUGCAUGUAUUGGGAGAAAAGAUUUCCUCAAUUGUUGAGCUAUAAGCAGAUGCAAGACUUAAUGAGUCAGGGGUGCCCCCUUGUGGGAAUAGCAGACAUAACAUGUGAUAUAGGAGGCUCACUUCAGUUUGUUAACCACACUACCUCAAUUGAUUCACCCUUUUUCAGGUAUGAUCCGAUAACAAAUUCCUACCAUGAUGAUAUGGACGGCGAUGGCGUGAUAUGUUUAGCUGUUGACAUUCUUCCAACAGAAUUUGCAAAGGAGGCCUCUCAACAUUUUGGAAACAUACUUUCCCAAUUUGUCGUGAAUUUGGCUCUGGCUACAGACAUUACAAGGUUGCCUGCUCACUUAAAAAGAGCUUGCAUUGCCCAUAAAGGAGUUCUAACCUCCUUGUAUGAUUAUAUCCCACGCAUGCGGCAUUCUGAUUCAGAGGAAACAUCAGAAAACUCAGAAAAUUCCCUAUCUAACAAAAGAAAGUACAAUAUUUCGGUAUCUCUGAGUGGUCACUUAUUUGAUCAGUUUCUGAUAAACGAGGCCUUAGAUAUUAUUGAAGCUGCAGGAGGCUCCUUCCACUUAGUCAACUGCCAUGUGGGUCAGAGUGCUAAGGCUGUAUCGUUCUCUGAACUUGAAGUUGGUGCAGAUGAUAGGGCUGUUCUGGAUCAAAUCAUUGAUUCUUUAACUGCUAUUGCUAAACGAACUGAAAAUGAUAGAUUUUCAAAUCAAGAUUCCAGUAAAAUUUCCCUUACGCUUGGUAAAGUAGAAGAGAAUGGCACAGUGAAGGAGUUGGGUUCCAAAAGGAAGGCUGAGGUUUUAAUUCUUGGUGCUGGUCGGGUUUGUCAACCAGCUGCUGUAAUGCUAUCCUCAUUUGGAAGGCCAUCAUCGAGUGAAUGGUAUAAAACAUUGUUGGAAGAUGAUUUUGAAUGCCAAACUGAGGUAGAAGUCACUGUGGGAUCUCUGUACCUGAAGGAUGCAGAGCAGAUAGUUGAGGGCAUUCCAAAUGUAACCGGAAUCCAGCUUGAUGUGAUGGAUCAUGAGGGUUUGUGUAAAUACAUAUCACAGGUUGACGUUGUUAUAAGUCUGCUGCCUCCUAGUUGUCACAUUAUCGUAGCAAAUGCUUGCAUUGAGCUGAAAAAACAUCUUGUCACUGCUAGCUAUGUUGAUAGCUCCUUGUCAAUGCUAGAUGAUAAGGCUAAAGAGGCUGGUAUAACAAUUCUUGGAGAGAUGGGUUUGGACCCAGGGAUUGAUCAUAUGAUGGCAAUGAAAAUGAUCAACCAAGCUCAUGCACGGAAGGGUAAAGUAAAGUCUUUCACUUCUUAUUGCGGUGGACUUCCAUCACCUGAAGCUGCUAACAAUCCAUUAGCAUAUAAAUUCAGUUGGAAUCCUGCAGGGGCCAUCCGAGCUGGGCGCAAUCCUGCCACCUACAAAUGGGGUGGUGAAACUGUACAUAUUGAUGGGAACGAUCUUUAUGAUUCAGCAACAAGACUACGGCUCCCAGAACUUCCUGCUUUUUCUUUGGAAUAUCUCCCAAAUCGUAAUUCACUGCUUUAUGGGGAUUUAUAUGGAAUAGCUUCUGAAGCAUCAACCAUUUUCCGUGGAACCCUCCGCUAUCAAGGAUUCAGUGAGAUCAUGGGGACACUGUCUAGGAUUGGAUUAUUUAACGAUGAAGCUCAUUCGUUGCUAACGGAUGUACAGAGACCAACUUUCAGAGAAUUCUUAUUUGAACUUCUGAAAGUUGUUAGUGCAGAUCUAGAUGGACCAUUAAUAGGAGAGAAUGACAUCAUAGAACGAAUAUUGACACAAGGGCACUGCAAAGAUUCAAGAACUGCAAAGAAGACAGCAAAGACAAUCAUAUUCUUGGGACUUCUUGAGCAAACAGAAAUCCCUGCUUUCUGCAAAAGUGCUUUUGAUGUUGCUCGUUUCCGCAUGGAGGAGAGGUUAUCAUACACUAGCUCAGAAAAGGACAUGGUGCUUUUGCACCAUGAAGUGGAAAUAGAAUACCCAGAUAGCCAAAAGACAGAGAAACACAGAGCUACUUUACUUGAAUUUGGGAAGACUGUUAAUGGAAACGCCACAACUGCCAUGGCUCUUACUGUUGGUAUUCCAGCUGCUGUUGGAGCUCUGCUCUUAUUGACAAACAAAAUUCAGACAAGAGGAGUUUUGAGGCCAAUAGAACCUGAAGUAUACACUCCAGCACUGGAUAUUAUAGAAGCUUAUGGCAUAAAGUUGAUUGAAGAGACGGAGUAAUUUGCAUCUCUAAAGAGGUAUACAUCAGUGUCUACCGUGCAAUGUUGGAUGCGAAUAAGAUAUAUAUCAGUGUCAGAAAUGCAGCAGAUCGUAGCAUCUCAGCUAAAAGCACUUCUACAGAAGCUGAUACCAAUUUCAAUUGCAGCACUCAUUCUACCACUCCUCAAGUAUGAUUCCAGAAUAAAUAUUAGUUGGUGUCAACCGAACUAUAUUAUUAAUAUAUAAUUUAAUUAUGUUUUUAAUUUCCAGAACUAUAUUAUUAUAAAUAUCUUUUAAUCUUUUAAUUUUUUUUUCUUUAACAAAUUGUUGA